UAGUCUUGUUUUAACGCGGUUGCGAGCGGUUGUGUAUUCGGGUGUGUCGGUUAAUAAAGCAGUGAGAAUUCGUUUAUAUUAAAUUAUAGCAAUUAUGGGCAACUUGGAUGACGACGGCGCCAACUUUGAUGGGAGUUAUGCCAACAAUGAUGGCACUCCAAUUGCCACUCCAAUUAGCAAUGGACACAUUCCCAAUCAUACGACAUUUGUGCAGCGUGUGGAGACGGAGAAGCAAAAGCUGAAGGAGAAAGAGAAACAGCAAAAUAAUGUUGAUGUGGUUGGUGAGGAGGAGGUGACUGAGGAGCAGCUGCUGCGUCUGAAGGAGCUCAAGUUCUCGGCACCGGCGUACACCGAAAUUCGCACACGUUCCGGCGGCCUUAAUUUCAAGCUUACUCCACAGAGCAGCGAGGAGGGCAGCUAUCAUCCGGACAAUAGGCAUGGGAAUGUGGAUGAAAGUGGCAAGAGGAGGAGCGACAAGUUUAAGCCAAGUCAGGCGGAUGGUGUCCUGAGCGCCGAGCAGGAGCAUUAUCAGAAGACCUCCUUCGAGGAUGUGCCCCUGCACACGGCGUGUCUGACCUAUUUGGGCUUCUAUCUGCUCAUGAUCCUGGGCUACAUCAAUCAGCUGCUGUUCGUGCCCAAGGUGGCGACGGAGAAGGGACGCGAGGGUUAUGUGACCCUCUACGAUGCCUUCGAGAGCUUCUACUCCCGAUAUGUGUAUCGGCGAGUGCGCGACUGCUGGAAUCGUCCCAUUUGCAGUGUUCCCGGUGACGAGCUGAUCCUCAAGGAUCGCGUGACCGAUGAUUAUGGCUGGAGUUUUAGAUUCACAGGCACCGAGACACGUUGCCUCAACCUGGGAUCGUAUAAUUACCUGGGAUUCGCCUCCGCAACAGGUCGCUGUGCCGAUGAAUCGGAGCAGCGGGCCAGGGAGAAGGGUCUGGCCUAUUGCAGCUCCCGCUGUGAGCUCGGCAACACUCAGCUGCAUCUGGAUCUGGAGCGUCUGACGGCUCGUUAUUGUGGUGUCGAGGAUGCGAUUGUCUUUGGCAUGGGCUUUGCCACCAAUGCGCUCAAUCUGCCCUCGCUGCUGGGUCCCAAUUGUCUGGUGGUGAGCGACGAGAAGAAUCACGCCUCCAUCAUUCUGGGAUUGCGUCUAUCGGGCGCCACGACGCGUGUCUUCAAGCACAACAGCAUGAAGGAUCUGGAGCGCGUGCUGCGCAAUGGCGUCUGCCAUGGCAAUCCCAAGGAUGGCGGCAAGCCGUUCAAGAAGAUUAUGAUCCUGGUCGAGGGCAUCUUCAGCAUGGAGGGUUCCAUUGUACGCCUGCCCGAGAUCAUUGCUCUGAAGAAGAAGUACAAGGCGUAUCUGUAUCUUGAUGAGGCGCACAGCGUCGGCUCCAUGGGUCCAAAUGGGCGUGGCGUUGUCGAUUACUUCAAGGCGGAUCCCAAAGAUGUCGACAUUCUCAUGGGCACUUUCACCAAGAGCUUUGGCAGCGCUGGCGGCUACAUAGCCGGCUCCAAGAAACUCAUUGACUUCCUGAGGACAAACAGUCACGCCCACUGCUAUGCCGGCUCCAUAUCGCCGCCCAUUGUCCAGCAGAUCUACACCUCGAUGAGCAUCAUCAUGGGCGAGGACGGCACAAACACGGGACGCAACAAGAUCCAGCAACUGGCCAGGAACACUCGCUAUUUCCGACGACGCCUGGCUCAGAUCGGCGUCAUCACAUAUGGCCACGAGGACUCGCCGGUGGUGCCCAUGUUGGUCUAUCUGUUCUCCAAAAUUGGCGCCGUCAUUCGCACGCUGACCACGCGUCAUAUUGCCGUUGUGGGCGCUGGUUUUCCGGCCACGCCCAUUAUGGAAGGCCGUAUACGCUUUUGUCUGUCGGCUGCCCACACGAAGGAGCAGCUGGAUUAUGCGCUGGACGUCAUCGAUAAUGUGAGCGAGAACUUGGGCCUCAAGUAUUCCCGCAAGCAACGUGAUCCAAAUCCAAUUGAGUAUUAGACUCAACACACACACACACACAGCUAGAACUUUAAGCAUAAAGAGAAAGGAGAAGAGAAAAAGGCGACAGAAGAAUACCAAAUGAAGAAGAAAGCGUCUUGCUCUUAAAGGAACAACAUGAGAGAAUCGUUAAUAAUGUUAAAAAUCAUGAAAAUAUAUAUAUCAACAAUUUAAUUAUAUAUAUAUUUAAAGUGAAGCUAUUGGUUGUUGUUGUCAUGUUGUUGUAAACUAACUGUUGACUAAUCCCCAAGGGACUCUGCCUGAAAAUCGUAGCACAACAACAACAACAGCCAUAGCUCUAUAAUAACAGUAAUAAUACGGCUUAUAUUAUUAACAAUAUCAAUAAUAAUUGUGUAUUUAGCAUUUAAACCUUCUUUGUAGUUGUUGUUGUAAUUGUAAUUCAAAAGUCUUCUUCAACCGCUGCAAAAAGAAUUCUUUUAAGCUAAGAUAAAUGAGAGAGAUAAAUGUUAAAAUCUAAAAUAAU